GAGUGAGCAGGAACAGGUGGAGAAGGAAUAGGUGGAGGAGGAACAGGCUGAGGAAGAACAGGUGGAAGAGGAAGUCGUUGUGGAGGACCCACAGGUCGAACAGCGGCUGGACAUCCUCCCAGAGGGCAACAUUCCUGAAGAAAACAUCCCAGAGGGAGCUGUCCAGCCGGAUGUCAACAUUGCUGAUGAGACCAGCAGUCGGUUGUCAUUCCCCACGACUGCUGUAAAAAGGCCUUCCCCUCCCAAAGCCAAACCUUCUCCCCUCAGCACUCCAAAGAUUAAAAGGAAACCGAAAAGGAGCAAAACAUGGUCCAUGGGGGUCUCUAAAGGAAAUGUGAUGAGGCACCUGCGGCUGCCUGAAUCCAUGCAUGCCUACGUUGAAAAGUUCAGGGCGUUUUACCACAGGCCGACAGGCACCCCAAAGAUGAUGGAGUCCAACAUGGCCAGGAUCAGCCGUGUCAAGAGUUUCCUACACUACAUGUUGAUCGGCCAGAAAAGAAUCUCAGACUGGAAAUUUAUAAUGAACCUCCCCCGACUGAAUCAUCCACCGGGGAAGGCAUACUCAUCCGAGUAAGUAAAAGUUGUAUGGUACACUUCAACGUACUGGGACUGGAUGUUUUUUUUUUUUU